CCCUCAAGGAGGUUCUGUACGUGGCAGCGGCUCUCUGUAGCUACCCCUCUCUGUGCUACUCGUAACCCCGGGGUGCCAGGUGUCAUUUCGUCCACAUACCAAAGAAGUGUGACGUUACUCUAUAUGACCUUAGAGAAUAAAGGUAAGAAAACGUUAAAUAUUGUAUCGUAUCGCUUCUUUACAUCAUUGGAAGGGGCUGGUCGUUUAAGUCGCGUGCCUACCGAACAUGCUGGGAUGGUUGUCAAUAACUGGGUCCAACAGGUUUUUUCGUGAUACCAGACACUUCAAACCUUGCGGUACCAAGAAGGUUAUUGAAAGGGACAAAAUGAGGAAGUUCCUGUCUUUUAUCAUCUGGGCUCUGCUCUGCUGCUGCUGGACAACACAGGCAGAGAUCUUCACUUCCAUAAGCCAAAUGACGGACCUGAUCUACACAGAAAAAGAGUUGGUCCAGUCCCUGAGGGAAUACAUUCAAGCCGAAGAGUCCAAGCUUGCUGCUGUCAAAAGCUGGGCCGACAAACUUGAUGCUCUAACCAAAGUGUCCACCUCUGACCCAGAGGGCUACCUGGCCCACCCAGUAAAUGCCUACAAACUGAUGAAGAGACUCAACACAGAGUGGACUGAACUGGAGACUCUGGUCCUUCAGAAUCCCUCUGACGGAUUCAUUUCCAACAUGUCAAUACACAGACAAUACUUCCCAGAUGCAGAGGAUGAGACGGGUGCAGCCAAGGCAUUGAUGCGUCUUCAGGACACGUACCAACUGGAUUCCGAGGCCUUCUCCAAAGGAAAGCUGCCAGGUGUACACUCCAAUGCCAUACUGACGGUGGAUGACUGCUUUGAUAUGGGAAAGACUGCUUAUAAUGAUGCAGACUAUUACCACGCUGUGCUGUGGAUGCAGCAGUCCUUAAAGCAGCUGGAUGGCGGGGAGGAAACUGUGGUUUCCAAGGAGGACAUUUUGGACUACCUCAGCUACUCAGUUUACCAAAUGGGAGACCUACCUCGGGCCAUUGAGCUUACACGCCGGCUGGUGGCUAUUGACCCCAGCCACCAGAGGGCAGGAGGAAACCUGCGGUACUUUGAGCGGUUACUGUCAAAGCAGCUCAAUGAGCUGAACCAGGACUACCAGCCUGCCUCCGAGGAGCCCAUCCAGCUGGGAACCUACAUCAGACCUAAAGACCAUCUCCCAGAGAGAGAGGCCUAUGAGGCUCUCUGCAGAGGGGAGGGGCUCCAAAUGAACGACGCGAGGCGCAGCCGGUUGUUCUGUCGCUACCAGGAUGGUAAGAGGAACCCUCGUCUCCUGCUGAAGCCCAUGAAAGAGGAAGAUGAGUGGGACAGCCCCCACAUUGUACGCUACCUGGACGUGCUGUCACACAAGGAGAUUGAGAAGAUUAAGGAGCUAGCUAAACCCAGGCUUGCCAGAGCUACUGUCCGUGACCCCAAAACGGGCGUCUUGACCACAGCCAACUAUAGAGUAUCAAAAAGUGCAUGGUUGGAUAAAGAGGAUGACCCUGUCAUUGACAUGGUCAACCGGAGAAUAGAAGACAUCACAGGCCUUACAGUAGACACUGCAGAGUUACUACAGGUCGCUAACUAUGGAGUUGGAGGACAGUACGAGCCACAUUAUGACUUCUCAAGGCGUCCUUUUGACAGCAACUACAAUGGUGACGGAAAUAGACUUGCCACCUUCUUAAAUUACAAAGAUGAGCCUGAUGCUUUCAAAAGAUUAGGCACUGGAAAUCGUGUGGCAACUUUUUUGAACUACAUGAGUGAUGUUGAGGCCGGAGGUGCCACCGUCUUCCCUGACUUUGGCGCAGCAAUCUCGCCUAGAAAGGGGACAGCAGUAUUCUGGUACAACCUGUUCAAGAGCGGGGAGGGAGACUACAGGACCAGGCAUGCAGCCUGUCCUGUCUUAGUAGGAAGUAAAUGGGUGUCAAACAAGUGGUUUCACGAGCGAGGACAAGAGUUCAGGAGACCCUGUGGUCUGACAGAAGUGGACUGAAGUUUGACCCUCACCUAAGGAACAUGCAAAAGACACACAUUUUCAGUAAUGCAACUCGAAGACCAAUUAUUUUCUCUCCCUCAGCAUGAUGAUGAAAUGUUUUAUGAGGAAAUUAGGAUACUGUUAUGUGAGAUGUGGCUGGAUCAUUUCUUUGGUCUUUGAUCAGAAGAUACAGGACUUAGUUAUCACGCAUCCACACACCAUCCCCACUUAAUUAA